AUGAUUGUCACUGACUCUACACCUCCCAGUCCUCCCAAGGGGGCUCCUCCUCAGCCUGCUCCCUACCGACCAGCUCCCCCGUCGUACCAGGCUUCAGGUUCACAAUACCAACCUACGCAACCACUAAUAUACACCACGGUGCCCGCCGUCCACCCUCUCGCCCAUGGCUAUAACGCCCGACGACGAUUCCUCAAAGCCUUCCUCGUGGCUAUUCUAAUAUGGGCAUUAAUUGGGAUGUUUAUACGGAGCGUAGCGGAAUUGGCGUAUUGGAAUAGCAGGCACGGACGGUACACGACGCAGGCUAUCUGGCCAGAUGACUUUGCUGUUCCCGCUGGUAUUGACCCUCAUCGCUGCGUAACGGACUGGCAAGAAGUCCCCUCGGGUUUGCCUCUUUUCCCCUCGCAUGCCACCACUACGUUCGAUGUCCCGUACGACCUUGACACCAUGCUAUUCCUUGCACGGGGCCCAGCAGGGGGGACGUUCACCGUUGUCACAUCUGAUGAAGUCCGCGACACGGCUCAUGUUGUCGUAGUCGUUAGCUAUCGCCAUCAAGAAUUCAGGGAUCGGGCUAAGGUCUGCCGUAUCAAGCGUGGGGAGAGCAGCGCGGGCAUAGGCAUCUUCACUCCGAGGUGGAACUACACCAAUUAUCCUCAAGAGCGUGGUUUGGCCUUUUCAGUUCUCGUGUCCCUUCCCGCAAACUCGAAUAAGAAACCUCUGGAAAUCAAAAACUUUGAAGCCGACAUGCCACUGUUCGGCAUCUCUACCGCGAAUCUACAUGACAGUGUCUCCUUUGCCAAUAUCUCUCUCGUCUCGUCCCAAAUGCAUAUUACAACCCAGUCAUUGGUUGCUGACAAUGCUCUGUUCAAAACCUCCAAUGCGCCCAUAUCUGGCACGGUAUUCUCCCUCAGCUCACUGCGCGCUAUAACCUCGAAUGGGGCCAUAACGGGCACAUUUAAUGCAUCAAAGUCAUUGCACCUCAUUACUUCCAAUGCCCUCAUUCACGCAGAUAUCGGACUGACCAACGAGGGUAAACGCCCCACCAAGGCCCUUGUAAAAACCAGCAAUGGUCAAAUAUGUUCUUCGAUCAGCCUCUUGAAGGAUACAGUAGGUUCUUCUGGAGGAGUUUAUGAUGUCGAAGCCUUCACCUCCAACGCUCCCUUGGAUAUCGAUUUCCCCACUGCACCCAUCGACUCCACACUGUCUCUGGAUAGCAAGACGUCUAAUGGUGCCGCCAGUGUGUCGCUCCACCCGACGUUCGAAGGUCGAUUUGAACUCGUGUCAUCACUAUUCCCCCCAACCGUAGAAAAAAGUACCAUUAGCGACCCAUCUGGAAGGGGCCGCGAACGCACAAUCCAGUAUACCUCUUUGAACAGGGGAGUACUGUCUGGCAAAGUUCAAUGGGCAGGUUCGGACAAGAGCGAUGGCCGAGUGCUAGUCAAGUCGAGCAACGCGAAAGUUACGUUGAAGCUUUAA